CACCGCUAUACAUGCACUCAGACCCGCCCGACUCAGACUGUCCCCGAGUCUCCAGAAUGGGGCGAUGGCGCCGCGCACCCUCCUCCCGCUGCUCACCGCCGCCCUGGCCCUGACCCAGACCCGCGGGGGCUCGCACUCCAUGCGGUAUUUCCACACGUCCGUGUCCCGGCCCGGCCUCGGGGAGCCCCGGUACAUCGCCGUCGGCUACGUGGACGACACGCAGUUCGUGCGCUUCGACAGCGACGCGGAGAAUCCGAGGAUGGAGCCGCGGGCGCCGUGGAUGGAGCAGGAGGGGCCGGAGUACUGGGAGCGGGACACGCGGAACCACAAGGCACAGGCACAGACUUAGUGUGAGAACCUGCGGACCCUGCGCGGCUACUACAACCAGAGCGAGGACGCUCCCGACACACGGGUAUGAGCAGUAUGCCUAGGACAGCAAAGAUUACAUUGCCCUGAACGAGGACCUGCGCUCCUGAACCACAGCGGACAUGGCGGCUCAGGUUGGAGCCAGAAGGUUGGACAGAGCACUACAGGGCCUACCUGGAGGGGAGGUGCGUGGUGUCCCUCCUCA